GGAAGUUGGCAGGUGGAGAGGCAGGUUGGGAGGGGAAGUCGGGGGAGGAGGCGGAAGAGGAGCUCUUCGAAGGGGGAGGAGGGAGGGAGGAAAAGAGGAGGAGGCGGAGAACUGAACUGAGCAGAGCAUCGAGCCAAAGGGGAGAUGAGUUUGUCUGUCCUCGGCUGAGGCUCCGGCCGGGCCUAGGGAACCGGGAGCUCGGGUUGGAGCGACACCCGUGGAAGUGGGAGGAGGUGGCUCUAGGACUUUAACCCCUUGUGGGCUCUGCGGCAGGGGAUUUAACCCUUUGUGGACCCGGCCCCUCGGAGGAGGCGUCUUCGGGUAGUUUUAACCCCUUCGGGGCUGGGUUUAACCCUUUGGACUUAACCUCAUCUCUUUACCAAGUCCUCGAUUUUGUGGGCGCACUGCGGGGAGGCUUGAAGCCCUCUCCCUCCGCUCAUUACGCACUGUACCUGCCGCUGCAGCCCCUUGGGCCCGCGAGCUGGCCGCACUGUGCGCGCUUAACCCUUUACUGACUUGAGCUCCCCAAGUUGCGAUUGGAGUUUGCUGACAGAAGGACCGGCUAAAGGCAUCACUGCAGGAAGUAAAGACCGAAGAGGACUCUGUUGGACAUUUUUUAAAAGGAAAAAAAUUAAUUUUUUCCUUAAGGACUUAUAGCCAAAAAAUUUUCAAACUUCGAGAAGAGGAUCUACUAGACAUGGCCGAGCCACUCUUGUCCGAGUAUCAACACCAGCCUCAAACUAGCAACUGUACAGGUGCUGCUGUUCACGAAGAGCGGAACCCUGAGCGCCCCCCAGGAGCGGAGGAGCGGGUGCCCGAGGAGGACAGUAGGUGGCAAUCGAGAGCGUCCCCCCAGUCUAGUGGCCGUCUGGGGCCAGAGGGGCAAGGUGGCUUGGAGCCCCAGCUGCAGACCCUGGCCUGUUCAGAACCUAGCUGCUUGGAAGCGGGUGAGAAGGGCCCGAAUGGAGACGAUGUGUCCGCUGGAGGUACCUCCACACAGACGGCGGUAGCGGCGGGAGGGGAACCGAGGCCCGAGGCCGAGCCGCUCUCCCAGAUGUGUCAAGACUCCGAAGGAAACAAGUUGGGGGCUCCUGGCAAAGGGGGUGAGGAGCCAUGGGGACAGCAGCAAAGACAGCUCGGCAAGAAAAAGCAUCGGAGACGCCCCUCCAAGAAGAAGCGGCAUUGGAAACCGUACUACAAGCUAACCUGGGAGGAAAAGAAAAAGUUCGACGAAAAACAGAGCCUGCGAGCUUCGAGGAUACGAGCCGAAAUGUUCGCCAAGGGCCAGCCGGUCGCGCCCUAUAACACCACGCAGUUCCUCAUGGAUGAUCAUGACCAGGAGGAGCCGGAUCUCAAGACCGGCCUCUACCCCAAGCGGGCCGCCGCCAAAUCUGACACCAGUGAUGAGGACUUUAUGGAAGAAGCUGGUGAGGAGGAUGGGGGCAGCGACGGGAUGGGAGGGGAUGGGAGCGAGUUUCUGCAGCGGGACUUCUCGGAGACCUAUGAGCGGUACCACGCGGAAAGCCUACAAAACAUGACCAAGCAGGAGCUCAUCAAGGAGUACCUGGAGUUGGAGAAGUGCCUCUCGCGCAUGGAGGACGAGAAUAACCGGCUGCGGCUGGAAAGCAAGCGUCUGGGGGGCGAAGACGCGCGUGUGAGGGAGCUGGAGCUGGAGCUAGACCGGCUGCGCGCGGAAAACCUCCAGCUGCUGACCGAGAACGAACUGCACCGGCAGCAGGAGCGAGCGCCGCUUUCCAAGUUUGGAGACUAGACUUAAACUUUCGGGGGGGGUGGGGGCAAAGGGGACUUUUUACAGUGAUGGAAUGUAACAUUAUAUACAUGUGUAUAUAAGACAGUGGACCUUUUUAUGACACACAUAAUCAGAAGAGUAAAUCCCUCCAGCUUUGGUUGGUUUGGUAAACUUAGCUGUGGUGUAGCUUGUGUGCUUUCUCCUGUUCUUUUAAUUAUGUGAAACUGAAGGGUUGCUUUUUUUUUCCUUUUUAGACUUUUUUUUUAAUGUGUAAUUAGACCAAGUUAUAAUGCAAUUUUGUUUUUAAAAAAUCCCCUCCUUAAAUGGAGCUAUAAGAUGGCCAAAUCUGAGAACCGUUAAAUUCAUCCUAGUUAUAAUAAAUUUAAUAUUUGUAAAUGUAA